AUGAGAAGACUCGCUCUCCAUGCGUCCGCGCUCAACGAUGCCGAAUACGACACAUUCACAGCUAAUCUACGAGAUCUAGCGUUAACUGAAGCCGAAGAUGUUGAGGAGUACGAGAAGAUGACUAUCGGCGUACGGGAAGCGAGAGCGUGGCUGCGAGGACGAUAUUGUCAAGUAUCUGCGUCCGUAAUAGAUGGUAUCUUGCGACUAUUUGCUCCCAAUCUCGCCCAGGCAGACACGAUAAGCGGAGCAGAGUUCUUUGCGGUAUUGAGGCUCGUUCUACAUGCAGAGAGCGGGAAAGAGGUUGACAGGUCGCUAGCCUUCGUCCAGACGAGCCCUUUACAAGGAUCGCGCAGCGUGCCUUCAAACCCUCCUGCCAAGCGAGGACCUCAAGCAGUAUACGCCGAGAAUGAGACGGAGGUUGACGGACCGUCUGGACAAGAAAUAGCUCAAUCGACACCCUUUCAUCAGCGGAGUGGGGCAAAGUUGCAUACGUCAUCUGCUCAAGUAAUCGAAUCUCAGACCUCUCAACGAACAGGCACUCGAUCAGCUCCAGACUCUCGAGCAUCUUCUCCACCGAAACGCCAUGAUGAACUCCCUCCCCCAGUGCCAUUACGUCGUCCUUACGCUGAUGAUUCAAUCACGACAACCUCGACCACCCACAAUCCCUUUUCCUCUAAGUCCCAUAACCCCUUCGUUGCACGUCCUCCACGUUCAGAAGACGGUUCGACCACUUUACCACCCCUCCCACCUCGUAAACCUCCGCCACCGCCUCGCCAUGGAUCUAUGUACCGUGUAGAGCGGUCAUUAUCUCCUUCCAAACCUCCUCCUCCUCCAUCAUCGACGAAGCCGGCUAUUCCAACGAAGCCCGCUCAUCAUGUAUCUACACUGAUAAAGCAGAGCCUUCAGGCGAGCAAGGCCGCGCAAUCCAUGAAGAAAGCGGAGGAAAUGCUAGAGAAGGAGCGCGUAAUGCAGGUGCUCAAGAGCUCCUCUGCCGUCUCAGGUUCUUAUUCCCUCGCGGGUGCGAGUGUAGCAGGCUCAUCGGUCGUCAUAGGCACGAACAUACACAAUCAACAUACCCACCCUCACCGCAGCAUGAGCCCGACGAAGAUGUCUUCUGUCUCGUCGGGAUCGGAGGCUGGGGCACCUCCGCUGCCAAAGCGCCGGCAUCAUCACCACCAGCAACCGUCACCGCCUCUGUCCGCGGGCUCGAUGGAGCAGGUGGCGCUCGCCACUGUUCCUGUACCCUCCUCAUCAUCCUCUUCGGGUCGCCGGCCCGCCGAUGUCUUUAUCGAAUCGCCUUUCCGUACACCUGUGGACUCUAUACCACCGAACACUGACGAUCCAGAAUCACCGUCGAGAUCAUACGCUGGACCACCACCCACUCAUCCAGACCGGAAGCCACAUCUUCCGUACCACGCCCCUUCCACGCUGGUUUCGUCGGGGUCGCAGGGCAGCAACCAUGAGUCGUUUGACGCAAUUUAUGGGCCUAUGGGUGCGUCGACCCCAACGCCAGACUCGCCGACGACUAGGGUGUUCCGCUCGAAAUCGAUGCACCAGCCAAGUCCGCCACCUCCGCCUCUACCACCUCCGGUGCGGAGGAAGAGGCCCGAGAGCGUGCAAGUGCUCGGCAAUGGCGAGAUGUACGGCUCGUUAACCCGAGGAGAGAGUUCAUUGUCGCGACAUGCCUCCAUGUCGAAGUCUUCUCCGACCUCAAGCCACCAUCGCCGCUCAUCACUCUCCACAACCUCUUCCCAUAAUUCCCAGAGCGACCCAUAUUCUCCACACGCCCAUCCAAACCCGAUUGGCAGCGUUCAGCGUGCGAUCGCGAACCUCGGCUUGCACGACAAGCUCGAGCACCUGCAGCCAAAGCUCGAUAAGGCACGAUAUAAGGCUGAGGCCGGUUUGAGCCGGAGAGGCUUCGUGCGUGAUCACGGAGGAAGGAUGAGGAAUCCACUCGAAGGCGAGGAGGAGGAGGGCUUGAUGGGUGGUGAGGGUGGUGGACGAGGUAGGCGGAGACCGAGGAACGAGGACCCGGAUGUGGAUUCGGACGAAGAGGAGGCGUGGAGGAGAGGUCGUGGAAUGGAUGAGGAUGGGAUGAAGGUCCGGACCAAGACAAGUCCUAAUUUCUUUGAGGAGCCGGAGGAUAUUGAGAAAGAUAACCUCAAGUGGCCGGCUGGAGAAGGUUGGAAGCCGUUAUAG